UAUAAUAUGGGUCUAAUAUAAAAAGUUAAAUUAAGCAAAGUGUGUCCUGUUGUCUUCAAAACACCCAAACUGUGUUUGCUUAAUAAAAAAACUGUCUCUGUUCCUUUUCCUGUUUUAAAUAAAGUUUUACCCCUCCCCCGUGUCAUGGAUCAUGUGACGGUCUGUCACGUGCCGCUCACUUCCUGCUGACUCGGUCCAGCUGGGUAUCAUGUCGUCUUAGUCCGGAUCCAGUCCGAACAGCGAUCAUGUCGUUUGGGCUCACACGUUCCCGCCAAGGCUCCGUGACGCUGGUUCUGUGGUUCGCGGCGUGUUUGGGCUUUCUGCCGGUUCGGUUCGCAGCUGAGGAGGACCUCUGGUACCAGGACCUCUGCAGUUACAAAUGGGAGGCGAUGGACCAGGAUGAGAAGGUGAAAUACACUCUGAGUCUCUGCCCGUCGUCAGAACCAACCAGCUGUGGGCCCAACGCUGCAGUGUGCGCUCAGAACCUUAGGGGCGCCACGGCCCAGUCAGUCGGUGACCGGUCCCAGGAGAGGCCCUCUGGCUCCGUCCUGGACUUCAACAGCACCCUGAAAUGUCCCGACGGCGGCAGCAACAUCCGGACCAGCAUCAGCUUCCAGUGCGGGACGACCCUGGGGUCUCCGGAGUUCGUUGCCUUCUCUCAGUGUGUUCAUUACUUUGAAUGGAAGACCUACACCGCCUGCAAGAAAGACAAGUUCAAGCCCCACAAAGAGGUCCCGUGUUACAUCUUUGACUCUGACGGGAAGAAGCAUGACCUCAGUCCUCUGAUCAAACUGAAAGACGGAUACCUGGUGGACGACGGCGAUGACGGCUUCGACUUCUACAUCAAUGUCUGCAGAAGCAUCUACAGCACGGAUAAGCCGUGUCCAGAGGGCUCGGCGGCCUGCCUCGUCACCGGCGAGGGCUCCUUCAGCAUGGGCCUUCCCGCCGGGCAGCUGGAGCACGUGAACAGCGACAGCCUCAGGCUGCAGUACGCUUUAGGAGAAGGCUCCACCCCUCCCUCCAGAUGCGGGGAACACGCUCCUGCCGUCACCAUCACCUUCAUCUGUCCUUCAAGAAGACGUGUGGGCAGCCCCCCCAAGAUGACGUCCAACCAGAACUGCCGUUACGAGGUGGAGUGGGUGACGGAGUACGCCUGUCACCGGGACUACCUGGAGAGCAACAGCUGCAGACUGACCGGCAAGCAGCACGACAUCUCCAUCGACCUGACGCCGCUCACCACCACCGCUGGAGAACAGCAGUACCACGCCCACUCUGGAACCAGCGGCGGCCCGGACAGCUACAUCUUCUACCUGAACAUCUGCGGGAAAGUAGCUACAGAUGAAUGUGGCGACGACCAGUUUGUGUCCUCCUGCCAGGUGAAGACGUCCUCCUCCGUGAGCAAAGUGGCUGGAAGAUUCCAGAACCAGACCCUGCGGUACUCGGAUGGAGAUCUGACUCUGAUCUAUCCAGGAGGCACCAGCUGCUCCUCCGGCUUCCAGAGAAUGACCAUCAUCAACUUCCAGUGCAGCAAGAACGCCACCGGCUCUGGAAAGGGCAAUCCCGUCUUUGCUGGGGAGACGGACUGCACGUAUUACUUCAACUGGGAGACGGCCUUCGCCUGCGUCAGGGAGGAGGAGGACCUGCUGUGCCGCGUCACUGACGGCAGAAAACACUACGACCUCUCCCCCCUCACCAGAUACCCAGAGUCAGAUUCCAGCCAGAACUGGGAAGUGAAAGACGCAAAAUCGACUAAAUCCAGCUCCCACUACUUCCUGAACGUCUGCCAUAAGGUGAUCCGAGCAGGGGGGGCGGCGGCGUGUCCUGAAGACGCUUCCAUCUGCGCUGUGGACAAGAACAACAAGAGCAUCAGCCUCGGCAGCUUCCUCUCACCCCCCUCCAAAACCCGCUCAGGAGAUGACAUCAGACUGGUGUACACCGACGGCAGUCCGUGUCCCGACAAGAGGAAGAUCCAAAGUAUUCUGACCCUCCGAUGUAAACCCGGAGCCGUUGAGAGUCCUCCUGUCCUCGUCAGCGUCUCAUCAGACGAGUGUUUCUACGAGUUGGAGUGGUUUACGGCUGCAGCCUGCAUCCUGUCCAAGACUCAGGGGGAUUCCUGCAGGGUGGGGGACCCCCAGGCCGGGUUCUCCUUUGAUUUGUCUCCACUCUCCAAACCUGACGGCGGUUUCUACAACCUGACCGACGGCACAUACACCUACCUCAUCAAUGUGUGCGGCCCGGUCAAGACAAACUCGUGUCCUGACGGGGCCGGAGCCUGCCAGGUGGAGAAAAGCUCCUGGAGCCUCGGAGAAGCAAACUCCCGUCUGUCCUACUACGAUGGGCUGAUACAGCUGACCUACAGGAACGGCUCUCAGUACAACAACAAGGAGCACACUGGCAGGUCCACCCUCAUCUCCUUCCUCUGUGACCCUGAAGCUGGGCUGGGAAAGCCCGACUUUCAGGUGGAGGACAACUACACCUACAACUUCCACUGGUAUACGUCACUGGCAUGUCCUGAAAGGUCUCACCAGUGUCUGGUGACGGACCCCAGAACGCUGGAUCAGUAUGACCUGUCCAGCCUGUCCCGCUCCACCAGGAACUGGCUGGCCAUGGACCUGUCUGACCCUCAGAGCCGGAAGAGUUACUACAUCAACAUCUGCCGCGCCAUCGUCCCCGUGGUCGGCUGCGACCGCGAGGCGUCUGUCUGCGAGAUGACAUACGUGACCCAGCAGGGUUCUCCAAAGGAGGUGGUCUCUGUCAGCAACAUGGGGGUCUCCAAGAAAGGCCCGGUAAUCGAGGGGCGGGACCGGCUGCUGCUGGAGUUCACGGACGGGUCGGCGUGCACGUCCGAGGGCCUGAAGCUGUCCUACACCACGCGCAUCCACCUGAUCUGCUCCAGAGGAUCGCUGUCCAUGCCGCCUCGAUUCGAGUCCACCCAGAACUGCACUUCCACCUUCAUAUGGGAGACCCAAGCAGCCUGCGCCAUCCGGACCACCGAGGACAAAAACCAGACCUGCUCUGUGGUCGACCCCAACACCGGCUUUGAGUACAACCUGCAGCUUCUGGCCUCCAAGACCGGCUACAACGCCAGCGCCAACGGCAAAGACUUCCUGUUGAACAUCUGCUCAGAUGCUCCCGGAUGUGGGGAGGGGAUGGCGGGCUGUGAGCUGGACAGCGGAAAGCCUGUCAGUCCGGUGGGGGUCACCAAGACCCUCCAGUACUCCACCGAUGGCAAACUGAAGCUAACGUAUCGGGGGCCGCUGGUUGAAAGUACAGGUACGCGGGACACCUUCACCAUAAACUUUGUGUGCGACCCGAACCCCCACCCCAACCCUCUGGAGCUGUUACGAGAGGAGAUGAGUACGAUGGGUGGCCGCACCACCCACGACGCCGUCUUCAGCUUCUACACGGCGCUGGCCUGCACGCCGGCCCCCGUAGACUGCAGCAUUUCAGAUGCUCUCGGGAACGAGUACGACCUGAGCCGCCUGAUCCGGGACGAAGAGGACAGCCCGUGGAUCCCCAUGGAUACGGACGCGGGGGCGGGACGCCGCUUUUACAUCAACGUCUGCAAACCCCUCCCAGCCCUGAAGGACUGUCCAGUGGGUCCUCUGGGCGCCUGCGGUCUGAUCCACGGGAGAAGUGUCAACCUGGGAUACGUGCAGUCGAUGCCGCAGAUGGCGGAGGACGGCGCCAUCAGCAUCGUGUACCAGAACGGAGAUCAGUGCGGCGCGGCGUCCCGCUACUCCACGCGCAUCAUCUUCCAGUGUGACGACAGUCCAGGCUCCCCCAUGUUCGACCGUCAGGACGGCUGUGAAUUCGUCUUUGUCUGGAGAACGUCUGAGGCCUGCCCCAUCAGGAGGUCCAAAGGUGAAAACUGUCAGGUUCAGGACCCCAGAAGUGGUUUCCAGUUUGACCUGAGUUCCCUGAAGGGCAGAGACUUCCCCAUCAGGAGCCAGGAGUACGUGUACCACCUGUCCGUGUGCGGGCCGCUGCAGAAGGACGUGUGCAGCCACGGAGAGUCUGUGUCCUCCUGCCAGGUAAACGGGGACAGGCAGAAGAUUGCAGGGAUGGCCAACCAGAACCUGGUGUUUGUGGGGGACCAGAUUCUCCUGAACUACACCAACGGAGAGACCUGCCACAAGAUUUACCAAAGGUCCACUCUGAUCUCCUUCUCCUGCCACCCUGACGCGGGGCCCGGAGAACCGGAGUUCAUCAAGGAGACUCCGGACUGCUCGUACCUGUUCACCUGGCCCACCGCGCUGGCCUGCGCCAAAACCAUCAGCUGCUCCUACAAUGACGAUCAGGGCCGCUCCUACGACCUUUCACCUUUGGCUCUGGACUCUGGGAACUGGGAGGCGGAGCUUCCCACUCAGGGCACGGAGAGGCGGUUCUUCAUGAACGUCUGCAGGUCUCUGGUGCAGCAGGCAGGCCCGUGGAAGUGUCCCUCUGGUGCAGCGUCCUGCAUGAAGGACGGAGAUAAAUUCCUGAGUUUGGGUCGGGUGGAGUCCAGUCCCCAACUGGACGGGAAGGUUCUGAAGCUGCAGUACACCAGCGGACAGCCCUGUCCAGACGGAAGACGCAACAGAAGCAGCAUCAUCCGCUUCAAGUGUGACAAAGACCGAGUGGACUCCCGGCCCACGCUGAUCUCCCAGAUCCAGGACUGCGUCUUCACCUUCCUGUGGCUGACGGCCGCCGCCUGUCCUCUGAACACCACCCAACACGGCGACUGCAGAGUGACCAACCCCACCACAGGUCACCUGUUUGACCUGAGCUCCUUGAAGAAGGAGGGCGCUUACACAAUCCCCUUCGAUCCGCAGCCCAACAAGAGUGUUAUCCACAUGAAUGUCUGUGGUGGAGUGGACAACACGGCGUGUCCGUCUGGAAGCGCUGUGUGCUUUUUGGACGCCGGAAAUUCUGUGAGCGGCGGUCAGGUGAGCCAGAAGCUUUCGUUCCGCGAUGGCGAGGUGGAGCUGACCUACGACGAGGGGAGCCGGUGCGCCGCAAACCCGGAGCUCAAGCACAAAAGUGUCAUCCACUUCAUCUGCAGACCGGCCCAGAUGAGCACAGCCCCCCCAGAACCGGUCCUGAUCAGCUCCGACCCUCAAACCUGCACGCAUUUCUUCUCCUUCUACACACACCUGGUGUGUGAAAAGCAGGUCACGUGUUCGGUCCAUAGCGGCUCCACCCUGAUAGACCUGACUCCUCUGAUUCACGUCUCUGGGUUCUACACGGCAGAAGAUGAAGCUGUGGGUCAAAGUGCAAACUCUACAGACUUCUACAUCAACAUCUGUCAGCCGCUCAAUUCCAUCCCUGGAGUGGCUUGUCCUCCCGGAGCCGCCGUCUGCAUGGACCCCGUCGACGGCCCCCCAGUGGAUAUCGGCCGAACCACCAAAGGCCCAGAGGUCAACAAGGACACGUCUGAGGUGUCCAUCACCUACAGCAGCUCCACGCCGUGCACAGAUGACCCCGCCCAGAACUACACCUCCACCAUCAUCUUCAGCUGCCAGAGGGGCACUGAUCUGGGUUCUCCACAGAUGCUGCGGCAACAGGGCUGCGUCUUCUUGUUCGAGUGGGAAACGCCGCUAGUCUGCCCGGACGCCACCAACAGCAGCGGGUGUCAGCUGACCGACGCGCAGCUCCAGUUCACCUUUGACCUGCAGAGCCUCUCUGAGGACGUGACGGUGACGGCGGGCUCGGGAACGUACCACCUCCACAUGUGCGGCGCCGUGAAAGACCCGGCGUGCAAACAGAGCGCGGUGUGUCUGGUGAGCGGCUCUGGUUCCAACAGGUCGGCCACUUCGUUUGGGAUCAGCAAAGCCAUGAGCAUGGACUUCAGACACGAGGAGCAGGCGCUGCUGAUGCAGUACGGCGGAGGAGAUCAGUGCCCGGCAGUCUCUGCAAAGCGUCAGACCUCCAUUUUCUUCAAGUGCGACCGGUCGGCGGGCCGUGGCUCCCCCCAGCUGCUGGCAGAGACGAAAGGCUGUUCAACGGAUUUUCAGUGGGACACCAGCGCCGUCUGUCCCCCAAUAAAGAUGGAGUGCAAGCUAGUGAGCAAGCACCAGACGUUCGACCUCCGGAGCCUGUCGUCGCUCACGAAGCCGUGGCGGUUCAAACACCAAAGAUACUCGUACUUCAUCAACCUGUGCCAGGGGAUCCACGGUGGCGUGAAGGGCUGUCCAGAGGACGCCAGUGUGUGCCGGCGCUCCGCCGGCGGCCUGAACCAGACCCUGGGCCGCGUCUACACUCAGAAGAUGAGCUACGAGGACAAACAGAUCUCCAUCAGAUACACCGCGGGAGACGAGGUCUGCGGGAACCAGGUGAAGGCCUCGGCGCUGAUCCAGCUCACCUGUGGCUCCACGGUUGGACAGCCCUCCCUGGUCAGGGUGGACGAGGCGUCCUGUCUGUUCGUCUUCCACUGGGAAACCCGCUCGGCGUGCGCCGUGAAGCAGCAGGAGGUGAAGAUGGUCAACGGGACCAUCCGAGUUCCCGAGACUGGAGCCAGUCUGAGUCUGGGGGCCGUCUACUUCAGCUACCAUCAGGCAUCGGGGGACAUCCGUCCCAACGGGGACCGGUACAUCUACCACAUUCAGCUGUCGGGGAUCACCAACUCCUCCCUGUACAGCUGUGAGGGCGCCAACAUCUGCCAGGACAAGCUGAACGCCACCUACAGGCGCAGGAUCGGAAACUCCACCGAGGCACAGUACUACGUCAAAGGAGGAAACCUGGACGUCAUCAUUCCCUCCAAUUCCAAAUGUGGCCGCAUAGAGGCCAAAAAGGUGUCCUCCACCAUCAUGUUCCAGUGCAGCCCGUCUGCGGGGGUGGGCAUCCCCGAGUUCAUGCUGGAGACGGACGAGUGCCAGUACCUGUUUGUGUGGCACACUGAUGCAGUCUGUGGUUUAAUAGCGGUUGAACGGGAGACCGACGACGGCGGCAGCGGCGCGUCUCUGGCUCUGUCCCAGCGCAGCCAGGCGGUGGGGGGGGUGCUGGGCCUCCUGCUGCUGGGGCUGACGGUCUGUCUGCUGGGGCUGCUGCUCUACAAGAGGGAGCGGAGGGAGCUGGUGAUGCAGAAGGUGUCCAGCUGCUGCAGGAGAGGAAACCAGCUCUCCUACAAGUACUCCAAGGUCAACACGGAUGAGGAAGGAGGAGAGGAGGAGAUGGAGUGGCUGAUGGAGGAGGUGGACGCCCCCGACUCCUCCGCAUCCGCGCACCACAGGAGUAACCAUAGCAACGGCCACGUCCGGACCAAGCGGGUGAACACCGACGCUCUUCGGCCGUUCUCCAUGGACGAGCAGGAGGACGACAGCGAGGACGAGGUGCUGAGCAUCCCCGGAGUCCGGGUCCACAAGCCGUCCCGGAGCUCCGCGCCUCAGCGCAGCCCCUUCCUGCAGGAGGAGAGCGACGAAGACUUGGUCGGCCUCCUGGAAGACUCGGAUGGGAAGAGUAAGGGGCGCAAACCCCCCCCAUCUGGCCUCACGUUGGGGAAAAACCGCCACAAAGCAGACGAGGAAGACAGCGAUGAAGACCUCCUGAGGGUCUGAUGGCUGCUGCCUGAACUCUGCUAUCAGUGAAUGUGUCCAAAUGAUGAAGAACGUCUCCUCCAGGAGCUUCUUCAGACGCUUUACUCCAGACUUGAUCCGUUUCUUAGACUUUCUUUUAUGCAUCAGAACUUUUUCUCCCAAAGACUGCAGCUCCGCUCCGAGGCCGUCCAGCGUGUGAACGCCGCUCUGGAGGAAGGUCAGGUCCGUGAAGAGAUCACGGGUUCUUCUGGAUCUGCCGCUGUCAUGUCAGCUGAGCAGGUGUCUCCCCCCGGCCUGGUGGGCCUGCGGCGGUUCUGGCCUCCUAAAGGGAAAGUGUGUGCUGCUGUCAGAACAUCCGUGUUCCUCAUGCAGAUGUUGAGAAGCUCCAGGAUUUUAGCUCCUGUCAUGGUUUUAGGAUCAUCUGAAGGAUUUCUGGCCUUAAGUGUUAGAAUGAUGGCGGUGUGAGUGUGGGAACCCCCCCUCCCCAAUCACAUGACACGUACCCCCCCCCCCCUGCGGUUGUCAUGCGUGACAGUCGUGUUGUUCUGCUGAGCUUCGUUUCCCUGACGACCCAGCAGGACGCGGGACCCUGUAGUGUUUUCAGGUGUUUGGAUGAGGACGGCUGCUGCUUUUAGGUUCUGGAUUUCUGUUCCUGUUGGUGGAGAUGAAACGAAACCGAUCCUCUGAGGAACAGAAGCCGUUUCUGUUUAAACCCGGAAAGGUGGGAAUGUUUGGUACGGCUGAUUUUUCUCUAAAUGAAGGAAGACUUGAUGUGACUGCAGACGAAACGCUCCAGAAGCACAGGAGGUUCUGAAGAGCAGAUCCUGAGUGGAUCUGCUCUGUUUUUGAUGUAAAUUAUUUUGCGUGUUAUGUCUGCAGCUCUCUGUCUGGUUUCCUAUUUAAAAAAUGAUUUAAAUUAAAUUCUCUGAAUAAAGAGAUCUGCUGUUUCCGGCUCUGCUCA